AUGGGUGCCGCUCGGAACGCCCUUUACUACCUCGUCCACCCGAACCAGCUUCGGUCCAUUAUCCAAUGGAAGGUAUGGCACGAACCCGUCCACAGGCGCAACACUGAAGACGAGACGGAGACAGAAGCAGCAUGCUUCCAAUACCUCGACCUGACCUCCCGGUCAUUUUCCGCCGUCAUCAAGGAACUGAAUCCCGAACUGUUGAUGCCCAUCUGCCUCUUCUACCUGGUACUCCGUGGCCUGGACACUAUUGAAGAUGACAUGACAAUCGAUAUUAAGGAGAAGGAGCCGCUUCUGCGGAACUUCUCGGUGCACAUGGAGCAGGAUGGGUGGACAUUUGACAAGAAUGGGCCCAACGAGAAGGAUCGCGAGCUCCUCGUACACUUUGACAGCGUCAUCGUCGAGCUGAAGAAGGUCAAGAAGCCGUAUUACGAGAUCAUCAAGGACAUUACCAUCAAGAUGGGCAAUGGCAUGGCCGACUACGCCAUCAACGCUGAGCACAACGUUAACGGCGUCAACACCAUUGAGGAGUACGAGCUGUACUGCCACUACGUCGCCGGCUUGGUCGGCGAGGGCCUGACACGGCUGUUCGUCGCGAGCGAGCUUGCCAACCCGCAGCUGCUCGUGCGCACCGACCUCACGGAGAGCAUGGGGCAGAUGCUGCAGAAGGUCAACAUCAUCCGUGACGUUCACGAGGACUGGGUCGACAAGCGGCGCUUCUGGCCCAAGGAGAUCUGGAGCCAGUACGUUACCAACUGGGAUGACCUGUUUGCGCUUGAGAACCGCGAGAAGGCGCUUCAAUGCAGCUCUCACAUGGUCCUGAACGCCCUGAAGCAUGCCGACGAAUGCCUGUUCUACAUGGCUGGUAUCCGCGAUCAGAGUGUCUUCAACUUCGUUGCCAUUCCCCAGAGCAUGGCCAUGGCGACCCUGGAGCUCGUGUUCCGCAACCCGGCCGUGUUCGAGAGGAAUAUCAAGAUCACCAAGGGCGACGCUUGCCAGCUCAUGAUUGAGUCGACGCAAAACCUGCGUGUAGUGUGCGACGUGUUCCGGAAGUACGUCAAGAGGAUACACAAGAAGAACGACCCGAGGGACCCCAACUACUUGGCUAUCAGCACCCAGUGUGGGAAGAUCGAACAAUUCAUCGAGUCCAUUUUCCCUACCCAAGAUCCCAAGAAGAUCGAAGCCGCGGCGAAGCCGGCGGAACCUACCAUGGACACCGGCGAGGCGUUUAUGUUGGUUACGUCGGUCAUCGCAACUCUGGCCCUCAUCGGGCUUCUUAUGGUCGGACUUGCAUGGUUCAUGGGCGCCCGCAUGGACAAAUUUUUCAACAACAUGGACAAUUUCCUCGGGGGCAGCGCCCCGAAGGUCACGCCGUCCCUCAUCCCGGUCCCGGGCCGCGACGAGCUCUAG